AUGGUUUCUCAACUACAUUCAAAUGGAUCCGUAGAAGAAGAAGACAGCAAUGACCAGACCUAUUCAAUAUCAGAUCUAACAAUUGGAACAAAAGAUCAAAAAUUAAAUUUUGAAAAAUAUUUAAAUCCAAUAAUUUUACCAAAUCAAAAUCAUAAUCAAUCAUAUUUUAAAAAUUUAAAAAAUUUAAAAAACAAACAUGAAUAUAUUUUUGUAAUAAAUUGGGUUUAUCAAUUCAGAGCGUUUUUAAAACCUUUAGGUAGUGAAUCAUUUGAUGUGGAUUUAUUUGAAUUAGAAUUAUUAAAUUAUUUUCCUGAUUUAAAUUCUAAAGUAUUAUUUAUAAAUAAAUUAAAAUUAUCAAUUUUAAAAUUUUUAGAACCAACUACAAAGUAUGAGUUAGAUGAUUUUGAAAAAAUUGUUUAUUUAUGGUUUAGAAAUUUAACUCCUAUAAGUUUUGAAGAAGAAUAUAAUGAUGAAAAUAUGGAAGAAGAAGAAGAAAUUAAAGAGGAAGGAGACGAAAUAAAAGAAGAAAAACUAGAGAUACAACAAGAAGAUCAACAAGACUUCAACCCAAAAAAUUUACCAAAAUUUGAUUAUUUAUUAAUUGAAGAUAAAUUUAAAACAUUAUAUGUAAUAAUUAAUUAUAUAUCUAAAAAUCAUAAAUUUAGAUCAUGGAUUUCAAAUCAAUCAAAUAAUUUACCUGAUUUUUCAAGAAUUGAUCCCAUAUAUUCAAAUAUAAUCACUAAAAACAAUGCUCCCGCAAGAGAAGAAUAUUAUUUAUUAUUUGAUAAUCAAAGAUUAUAUAAAAGAACAAUAAAAUAUAAUGAAAUAAAAGUACCUAAAACUUUAAAAUCAUCACCACAAGAUCCAAAUGAAUAUUAUAAACCUGAACAAUUUGACAUAUCACAACAAAAUAUAAAAUUUGAAUUAUUAUAUAAUAAUAUAUUUGAAUUUAAUGAAUACCUAACAAAGAUCAAGAAUAAUAAAGCAUUAAAACCAAUAUAUAUGAAAUUAUAUAAACUGCAAAUAAUUGAAAAUUUUUUUGAAAAUGAGAUAAAGAAAAGAAAAUUCUUAAUUUCUAAAAAGAAAGAAAUUCAAUUAGCUAAUUUAUUGGCUGUUAGAAAAAGAUCUUUAAGAUUAAGAGAAAAAGAGAAAACUUAG